UGGAGGCGGCGGUGGGAGAGCGGCUCCCGCUGGGAACAAAGCGGAGGCCGGGCCGGGCGCCUCCCGCAACAGGUCGCCCCGGCGGCAGCGCAGCCCCUCCGCCCCCCGGGCCGCCGCUCCCGCUGCGGGUGGCGGGGCCGGCACCGGCCGCCCCCAUGCGGUUCGGCUCCAAGAUGAUGCCGAUGUUUCUGACCGUGUACCUCAGCAACAAUGAGCAGCACUUCACGGAGGUGCCAGUCACCCCCGAGACAACCUGCAGGGAUGUGGUGGAGCUGUGCAAGGAGCCUGGGGAGAGCGAGUGCCACCUGGCUGAGGUGUGGUGUGGCUCAGAGCGCCCCAUAGCCGAUAAUGAACGGAUGCUGGAUAUCCUGCAGAGGUUUGGAAUGCAGAGGAGCGAGGUGCGUUUCUUUCUCCGCCACGAGCGCUCUCCCUGCCGGGAAGCUGGGACUGGACAAAGGUCUCAAGAUCCAGCCUUCAAAAGAAAUGGUGUCAAAGUGCCUGGUGAUCGAAGAAUAGAGAAUGGGGUAAGUGCACCAAGGAUGGAUAUGACACUGGCUGAACUUCAGGAAAUGGCAUCACGCCAACAGCAACAAAUUGAGGCUCAACAACAAAUGCUGGCUAACAAGGAGCAGCGCCUGAAAUUCCUGAAGCAGCAAGAUCAGCGACAGCAACAGCAAGCUGCUGAACAGGAAAAACUGAAGAGAUUAAAGGAGAUUGCUGAGAAUCAAGAAGCCAAACUUAAGAAAGUGAGGGCAUUGAAAGGUCAUGUGGAGCAAAAAAGACUCAGCAAUGGGAAAUUAGUGGAGGAGAUUGAACAGAUGAACAGCCUGUUCCAGCAAAAGCAGCGCGAGCUGGUGCUGGCCGUGUCCAAAGUGGAGGAGCUCACCAGGCAACUGGAGAUGCUGAAGAACGGCAGGAUUGAUGGUUACCACGACAACCAGUCGGCUGUAGCUGAGCUCGACCGCCUCUACAAAGAGCUGCAGUUGAGGAACAAACUGAACCAGGAGCAGAAUGCCAAGCUGCAGCAACAGAGGGAGUGUUUGAACAAGCGCAACUUGGAGGUGGCAGUCAUGGAUAAGCGUGUUAAUGAGCUGCGCGAGCGGCUGUGGAAGAAAAAGGCAGCUCUGCAACAGAAAGAGAAUGUACCAGUUUCUUCAGAUGGGAAUUUACCACAGCCAGUGGCUUCUGCUCCAAGCCGAGUGGCAGCAGUAGGUCCUUAUAUCCAGUCCUCUACUAUGCCACGUAUUGCUUCCAGACCUGAGCUUUUGGUGAAGCCAGCAUUUUCAGAUGGGACACAAGCUUUGCAGGUACCUGAUGGGCCACUGAAAACACAAACACUGCCCAAUAUGAGAGCUGGGAACGGUUCACAAGCUAAAGCUCCUGCAGGUUCUGUAGUCCCCAAUGCAAAACCUUCCCCAUCUGCUCCUGACUGGAGUAGUUCAAAUACAGACAAUCAUAUUAAUCAAGGAUCAGCCUUGACUUCUGGAAAAGGAUUUGUGACAAGUGAAGGACAAGCAGCUGAAGGAGAAGCUCUUUUACGAGACAGAGAGAAGAAGGUGCGUCCUUUCUCCAUGUUUGACUCUGUGGAGCAGUCUGCUGGGCUGGGCACCCUGAGGAAGAACCAGAGCAGCGAGGAUCUCCUGCGGGAGGCACAGACAACCAAUAAAAAUGUAACCAAGGUGCCACCGCCUGUCCCCACCAAACCAAAACAGAUAAACUUGCCUUACUUUGGUCAAGCCAGUCACCUUCAACCUGCUGAUACAAAGCUGGAUGGAAACUUGCAGAAGCUGCCUUUGGCUAUUGCAGCUGUGGGGAACAAGCAAAAGCCAGUGGCACAGCAGCCUUCUCAUCCUUCUCAGCAGAUACAGCAAAGAAUUUCAGUACCUCCUGCAGGUUCUUCCUCUAGCCAGGAUCAAAUUCUUCCUUCCUCCAAACAGGAGAGUCCCCCAGCAGCAGCUGUGAGACCUUUUACUCCUCAGCCAUCCAAAGAGACUUCAUUGCCACCAUUUCGAAAGCCUCAGACUGUGGCUGCAAGUUCCAUUUACAGCAUGUACACCCAGCAGCAGACUCCUGGGAAGAACUUCCAGCAGGCAGUGCAGAGUGCUUUGACGAGGGCACAGACCAGAGGACCACACUUCCCAAGUGUGUAUGGCAAGCCCGUGAUGGCAGGAGCUGGAGUGCCGAACCAGCUGCCGCAGACAGACAACAUCUACUCCAACCUCCAGGGCAAGCCAGGCAGCCCAGAGCCCGAGGUGGAAACAGCAGCCUCUGCUCAUGAGAACCAUGAACCAGAGAGGAUCCCCCGUCCCCUGAGCCCCACCAAGCUGCUGCCCUUCCUGUCCAACCCCUACCGCAACCAGAGCGACGCCGACCUGGAGGCGCUGCGCAAGAAGCUGUCCAACGCGCCCCGGCCGCUGAAGAAGCGCAGCUCCAUCACUGAGCCCGAGGGGCCUAAUGGCCCCAACAUCCAGAAGCUGCUCUAUCAGAGGACCACCCUGGCUGCAAUGGAGACUAUCUCGGCUCCCUCGCAUCCCUCCAAACAGGCGGCAUCAGCUGCCAGUCCUGAAAGCCCAGUGGAAAUCCCAAAUCCUUAUUUAAGCACGGAGGCAGAAAAAGAAACGGCUGCUUCCAUGCCAGAAGCAGCUAUUGCUGAGGAGACAGAAAGCACAGCAGCAGAGCAGAGUGAAGCUGCUCUUCCCCCUGUACCUUUGGACCCUGUGCCUGAGGCUGUGUCAGACAGCGAUGAACUCAUGCAGCCCAAAGCAGAAGAGCCAAACCUAGAAGCUCCACUGCCACUGGAGGUGUACAUGGAAGAAUAUCCUCCAUACCCACCACCUCCCUAUCCUUCAGGGGAACCAGAGAGUUUGGGAGAGGACUCAUUCAAUAUGAGGCCUCCUGAAGUUACUGGGCAGUUUUCCUUGCCUCCUGGGAAGAGGACAAACUUGCGUAAGACUGGCUCUGAAAGGAUUGGCCAUGGAAUGAGAGUGAAGUUCAAUCCCUUGGCAUUGCUUCUGGAUUCAUCUUUGGAGGGGGAGUUUGACCUUGUGCAGAGAAUAAUUUAUGAGGUACAAAUUGCCAUCACUUCUUGCUUGUGCUUGCCUUGCAGGACCCCUCUGCACUGUGCAGCAUCCUGCAAUAACGUGCAGGUGUGCAAGUUCCUGGUGGAGUCGGGGGCAGCGGUGUUUGCCAUGACCUACAGCGACAUGCAGACGGCUGCGGACAAGUGCGAGGAGAUGGAGGAAGGCUACACACAGUGCUCCCAGUUCCUGUAUGGAGUGCAGGAGAAGAUGGGGAUCAUGAACAAAGGAGUGAUUUAUGGGCUGUGGGAUUACGAGGCUCAGAACGACGACGAGCUGUCCAUGAAGGAAGGGGACUGCAUGACAAUCCUGCGCCGCGAGGAUGAGGAGGAGGUCGAGUGGUGGUGGGCACGGCUCAAUGACAAGGAAGGCUACGUGCCCAGAAACCUGCUAGGGCUGUAUCCAAGGAUUAAACCUAGACAAAGAAGCUUGGCAUGAAAUAGUACAGAAGCCAGAUUCUUGAACUACUAAUCACGGAUAACUUACAGAAAAAAAAAGUCCAUUUUGUGUUGGUUCCAAUAUCAUGAGACUGAUUUCAAUGACAAUGUAAUUUGAAAGCUAUGAAAAAUGUGCUUUGAAAACAAAUGAAGGAUUGAUGCAUUAGCAAAUGGAUGAGGGCAUUGUACAAGAUGAAAUAAUGCUUACAAGCAAAUGAAAUUCUGCUGCCUUUGGUCAAAUCAAGCCAUUAUGUUCAAGUACCCACCCAGCUGUCUUCAAACAUGGCAGAAGAGAGUUUAAUUUCUUUUCUGCAUUAAAUACAAGGACCUUUUGAAAUUGCCAUUGAAGGAAUCAUCAUGAAACAGACAACUUGGCUCUGUCCAAAUUUAUCCCGAGGCUUUUUCCAGAUGGGAGAAAUUGAAGUAUGUGCACAGCACCCAACUGCUUAUUGCUGGAAGCAGAAUUUUUGUUAAAAGAAGCUAAAAAAUCUGAAGUGCAUCUGAAGAGUGACAACCAUUAAGCAAUAACUUUUAAAAAAGCUGUAGCAUCUUAGAAAUUCUAUGUAUUCAAAAUAUCAUGUGCUGUAACAGAAAUGUAGUUUUAGAUUCCUCUUUUUACAAAGAGCCUCAUGUAUUUAUUGUAUUUUGUACUUUGAAGACUAAGUGUAGAAACUUUAUGUAGUUCUUGACAAUGUACUUGUUUUUACUCUACUUGUUUACUCCACCAUUAAACUUUUGUCUCCUCUGAAGCUUUAACUCUGGGUAUUUUAAUAGUGAUUUUUAUUAGAGAUGUUACUAGUAAGACACACUGCUCUUGUACAUGACACUAACUUUCAGCUACUUUCUGUAUUAAACUGAAUCCCUCUUCCCCCAUCCAUUCAAGAUAGUUUAUUUGCAUUUAAAAUUGAGCUGAAGCUGUUAAUGACACAUUGUUAACCUUCAAAGCUAAGGGACAUAGUUAAGGAGAAAACCAAACCUGGUACAAGUAUGUUCCAAAUAAAGCCUUUCUUAUAGAGC